AAUAGGGAUGGGGUGGAUGGGGCUGCGUGAGGCGGGGCGGGGCAGUGCGGGGCGGGGCGGAGAGGCUGGGGCGUGGUUGAACUCAGGUAUAAGAGGUGAGAGUGGGCAGGUGAGGCGUUACAGUGUGUGGAGGAGUCUCGAGGUACACACAGAAACACACACAAGUACACACGCAAGAAGAGAAGACGUCUUUGAGUGUGUGUAUGUGUGUGUGUAUGUGUGUGUGUGUGUGUGUGUGGAUUCUAAACGUACGCACACACGCAAAUACGGACAUACGUAAGAAGUGAGGGUUGUUUUGAGUACGUGUGUGUGUGUGUGGAGAAUCUACCACCACCAACAACAAUAACAACAACAACAACAACAACAACGAGUCACAAAGGGAGAUAAGAUACAUACACAAACACACAUGCAAACAUACAUUCAAAAGGAGAAGGUUGUUGUUUUGAGUGUGUGUGUGUGUGUGUGUGUGUGCGUGGAGGCUAAACAAACAAACACACACACAAACAACGUGCACACACACAAAGACACGUAAUAGUUGAGGAUUAUUUUAUGUGUGCGUGCGUGUGUAUUGGUGUGUGUGCGUGCUUGUAUGUGCGUGUGUAUGUCUGUGCCUGGCUACUGAAAAUGUAAAGGAAGGGUUUAUAGGAAGAAUUAUGAAUCCUUAGACCAAAAUCAUGACUCUUGUUGCCACGAAGUCACAUAGAAGGAGGAAAAGCAUGUCCCCGCAGUGCCACCAACGCCUUGAGUCCCUCCCUCUCCUCCACCUCGUCCUCGUCCUCGUCCUUGCUGCGCCUGUGUCAUCGCUACGGGGCCCGGAGGAGGCAGACUGGCUGAGUACAAGGGGCACGUUUGGAAAGUACAGCAGCAACAACAACAGCAACAGCAUCCUACCCAGACUGCUGACCACGCGAGGGAGGCAGAUUCUCCCUCUGAACAACAUCUCCCACCCCUUCCCCACCACCUCCAGGCCCCUCUCCCCUCUCCAACACUCUCCCCACACCCCCAAACACCAUCACCGAGCCAUGCCCUCCACAGCCAACCUCAAAGACCUACACCCACCGCCUCGCGCCAACCCGACAGCAAUACCAAUGAAAGUCAAGAACCUUGAGGAAAAAGAAAACGCUGGAGGUGUGAGUGCCAAGCGAAGGCCCAAGACUAACAGCACCCAAGUAACGUCACCGGAAGAUAGGCAUGCCCUUGCUCCUCUCCCCGGGCAGGAAUCUCAGGGUCUCAGGGUCGGGACGCGGCCUCAGCACACCAGAAGGGAAGGCGCUGGCGUGGUGAGGAGGAGGAGGCGGAAAGGCCAGCCACACAAGAGGGUCAGCAGGAGGAAGGCAGCCUAUCCACAGGUGCCCCUCACAGACAGCCACAGGAGGAGCCUCACCCCGGGGCCGCCCUACGACCACUACCGACGAAUGGCACACGUGUCCUCAGGGGCCCCCGUCACCCUCUCCCCCAGCCCCCCCACCCGCCACAUCCUCCCCAUGCUGCCUCCCAUUAUCUCGCCUCGUAGUGGGUUGUCUCGAAGUAAAGCGUUCCCCACUUCGAGUCCUGCCCCUGUCACCUUUUUCAGAGAGGAUGUUUCCCAUGGACCUCCUCUUUAUUUCUCACCCACUCCUCCUCCUCGCCCUUAUCAACGACCUACCCCUUCUCCUCCUCCUCCUCCUCGUCCGUAUCAACUCCCCACUCCUCGGCCUCUUCGUUUUCCUUCUCCCACACCUCCUCCCUUUGCUAUCACUUCAGUACCAGUAUCUCCCUCGCCCCGGCCGUCCCUUCCCUUCCCCACACUCCCUCCACACGAUACUUCUCCCCCGCCAAAGCUCUCAUUCUUCCGCCUUCCUGCACGCCAUCGGAGGCCUAACUUGCGGCCCUCGAACUCACCCCAUCGCCCCGGAGUCUCCAGUCUUGGCAGGAGCUCAACACCGCGACCUUUAGUUCAGUCUCCGCCGCCACCGCCUCCUUCCACAGUGCCCACCGCUCCUCCUCCACCACCACCACCUCCACCCACUCUCGCCCCCUCACCGCCACCACCCACCAGGAACCCCAAAUCAAAAGAAGAAAAGCAGAAGAAGCAGAACUACCCCACCUAUGCCAGCGUCCCUCACACCAGCUUCACAUGCCGCGCCACCCCUCGCCCCGGCCUCUAUGGGGAUGUGGAGGCUGGCUGUCAGGUGUGGCACGUGUGUGAGGCAGACGGACGCCAGCACUCCUUCCUCUGUCCCAACGGCACUGUGUUUAGCCAGCGUCUGCUCACCUGUGACUGGUGGUACAACGUGCACUGUGGCCAUGACGGGGCCUCACACCUCACCUCCAUACAUGACUCAGGGCUACAGGAAAGCUACAAGAGAGCAAGUAACGUCUAUGGGAAGAAGAUGACCUACAAACCAAUCAAACCUUACUUACCGAACUACGAGGCACCGGUGACUCCUAAGAGGCAAAGCGAGGCCUCAGGUUCUCCAAGCACCGAUCUCGGCCAGAACCAGCGAGGGCACUCACCAUUGCCGCGCAUCCGAGUGCUCAACUCCGGCUAUGGUGCCUUUCCCAGGUUUCAGCUGGAGGGCAAAUUCAAAACACUGUGGCUUAGGUAA